GCUAAUUUGUUUUGUUUAUGUUUUUCAUCUACCGGAAAAAGUAAAUUGAAUAGGGGACUGUUGUACAUGUUUUCAAGUUCUGCCGGUGAUAUUCAAAAGUUUUGAAAUAGUGAUUGUGAUAUGGUAUUAUUUUAGCCAUGCAUAUGCAGAAAUCUAAGUCAACUGUGGCUCCAAAGAUUUGGAAGCGGGAUGAAAUUCUCACAUUUUUGGACAUUUUCGAAUCAACCUUUCAUGCAUCGGUCGCGGAUCCUUUUGAUUCCGAAGAAGACAUGUGGAAAUGUAUUGCGGACAAACUGUUGACGCAGGGCAUAGCUGUUUCCGUUCAGCAAUGUAUCAACAAAUGGAACAUCCUUUACAAAACGUACGCCAAUAAUCAGAAUCGACAGGGCGUUUUCUACGCUAAAGUGAAACAAAUUGUCGAAUUCUCACAGGAACUUAACGAUCAGCAACAAGAAUCAGCGCAAAUUCAAGGGCAAAUUGUGGCUGAUGAGCAGGUGGUAGAAUAUGACACGGAAAUACCGAUCAAAAAGGAGUUAUCCAACGAUGAUGAGCAGCCAGAGGAGUUAGAUAAAAAUUUGAAGGGUCACCAAAAAAGCCAUGAACAUAUCGAGGAAACCACCACUGAUCAAGAACAGGUGCAUGAAAUCAUCAUUUCAGAUAUUCCUGAUACUCAACCUGAUGAUCAAUGUGAUAGUAGCCUAGAAACGAUCGAUACCGAACCUUGUGAAAAAAAGAUCAAACUAUCAGACGAUGCUUGUGCGGAUGUUGAUCUUCCGGAUGAUUCACCAGGUGACAAACCAGCGCCAGCAGAAGAAAACCUAAAUUUGCGAGAUAUGCUUCAAACGAUUCUCAAGAAAAUCAAUGCAAUUCAAGAUGAACAAAUUAGUCAAGGGCGUCGUAUUGCUAGUAUAGAAAAACGUCAAGAUGAGCAUAGAUCCAUACUACUUGAUAUAAAGAAGGGUAUGGGAUUUGAAUAAUUUCCUUUUCGUUAUGGAAACACACUGACUGAAAUAUAUGGGGUUUGAAUUAUAAGGGUCAAAUAAACGAUGUUCGCUUAAUUUUUAUUACCAAGUGCCUCUCUACUUCUUAUGCUUGACACUUCCUGUUGUUCACUUCAGCAGAUAUUGUUUUGGAAUCCUUACUUACCUUACUGAUCAGGCUAAGGCCGGGGUGGCCUCUGCUGUACAUAGUAGCCUCCUCCAUUCCACUCGGUCUAUGGCUGUUUGUCUCCAGUUCCGCACUCUGCGUAGGGUCCGCAGAUCGUCCUCCACUUGGUCGACCCACCUAGCUCGCUGCACUCCACGUCUUCUUGUACCGGUCGGAUGACUCUCGAGAACCAUUUUAGUCGGGUUGCUAUCCGACAUCCUGAUGACGUGGCCCGCCCACCGUAGCCUCCCGAUUUUCGCGGUGUGGACGAUGGUUGGUUCUCUCAGCAGCUGAUGCAGCUCGUGGUUCAUUCGCCUUCUCCAAGUCCCGUCUUGCAUCUGCACUCCACCGUA